CUACUUUCACGCAGGAAGACCGACGUCUUACGACGCCCUCGAAUCCUUGUUACGAAUGCCUACCAAAUACCUGGCGCAGCAGCUCCGCUCCGACGUGAUCAAACAUCUUACCAUGAUAUACCCCUCUAAGAUGAACGAGCUUCAAACCUACAGGUACCUCAGGAUCCCGAAUUCCGACUCCCAUAGCCUUCGAGCCAUCGCGAUGGCAAGAGAUCACGAUGUGCCCAUAAUCCUCCCAGCGGCAUUUUACUUUGCCUCCGCCAUUGCACCCUCCCAGCUUGUCGGGCUUCAUCCCAAGCCGAGACCGGAUGACCUUGCCGCGAUUCUCGCAGGCAGGGAAAAGAUAACUCGGGCUGCAUACAGAACUGCGUGGUCUUGGCUAUUCAAGAGGCUCACGGUAGACACGUGCUACAACACUCGUCUAUGUGAGGAGAGGCGCCUGAGCAUGAUACAGAAUAUCUCACUGUCUCCGGAGGAUGCGCCUCGUCUGUUCCUAAGGGGGAUGCCACAUGAAGAUGAGGAGGAUAGGAGAGAAGACUCGGAGUCCAGCGACUCUGAUUCUGAGUACGAAGAAGAGAGGGUUUGUAGGCCGUGCUUGGAGGACUGGAUUUUUUCUGAAAGAAAGAAUUAUAAGAAGGUCUGGAACAACUUACCGUUGUAUUUCAAGCUCCCGAAAUGGGAGGUGCUGCUGAAAGAUUCGGAAUGAAUUUUUUUUUUGCCGUAGCAUACCCUGCGUGUACCUCGACACUUUUGUACCAUAGACAGAGCGGUUCCGUAGGUCGAUAUCAUCUUCUCAUGUACUUUACUGGAUUUUUCUAAGCGACAUGGUAGUUUUUCCGCCUCGUAGCAAUGAGUGGCAUACUGCCACACCAAGUAGCGCUGAGUGCUGAUCGCAUAGACAUGCUUUACGCCAGAUCACCGGCCCUAAACCUGUCCGCGUGAUCGUUGUUUCGGGAAAUAAGGACAGAUAAGGAGAGCCGGCAGUGGCUGCAUACAUAUUUUGUCUUGCACAAUAGUCUUU